AUGAAUACGAAACAUUUAUCUUCUUUUGUUAUCUUCCAAAUUUGUCUUGUAUAUGGGUCACAUUUCCGUGGUGGAACACUAACAUGGAGACCUUUGAAUGCAACUCCAUCUGGUAGUUCAGUUAAUCUUCUAGUACGUGAAAGAUUUUCAUGGCGUCGAAGUUAUAAUUAUCCUUCCUAUGGAAUCGUUUGUUACUGUGAUGAUACGACCAUUUCAACUGCCGGUACCAUCGGUGAGAAUGAUAUAGUACAAUGUGCGCCUAGCAUUUAUUGUUCUUAUUGGAGUCCUUUGAACACAACAACAUUUUGUACAGAUUACAGUACUAUUCUUGAUGUCAGUUCGGGUGAACGAACUCGAGUGUACACAUUACCAUUGAAUAUUUCAUUUACCAUUUAUUAUUACAGCGGUAAUUGGUUAGCUGAUCUUGUGAAAGGCGGUAAUACAGCAUGGCAGGUUUCAAAUCGUAUUAACACUAAUCUUAGACCAGAUGGUUAUAUAAAUACCAGUCCUGUUGCUGUGACACUCCCAGUUAUCUAUAAAGAAGUCAAUAUACAACAUGUACAUGUUAUUCAAAUGUCUGAUUUUGAUAGUAAUGAUAUCUUACGAUGUCGAUGGGCCAACGCGAAUUCUUCUUACAAUACAAAUCAGUAUGAUGAAUGUGGUGGAAUAUGUGAAGGUGUUCCUGGUGCGCAACUAAUUCAAGCGAAUUGUACAAUCGUGUUUACUUUAGUAACUGCUGGAUUGUAUGCAGGAGUAGCAUUGCAAAUAGAAGAUUUUUACAAUGCUACUACACUGGCAGCCAACACACCAAUGAGUUCAGUUCCACUUCAAUUUCUUUUUUAUGGUUAUGCUACGCCUGUUGGUUGUUCAAUGCCACCACAAAUCGUUGGUAAUCGACCCAAUCGCGCUUGUAUUGGAACACCGAUUGGUUCUAAUGUUACUGAAUAUGUCAUCGUUGAAACAUAUUGUCCCGGACAAACAAUUGUCAAUUUCAUAACGAGCAGUCCAGUUGGGAUGGAAAAGAGUGCAAUUCUCAAUCCAAGUCCUGGUGUUUAUAAUCUAAUUCUCAGUUGGAUUCCACUAUCCACUCAAUAUGGUCCUGAACCAUUUUGUGCAGGCGCCAUUGACAACAAUAAUCUCCAAUCCAAUCAAUGGUGUGUGACGUUUUUAGUUGGUUUUGAUUCACCAGAUGUCAUUCGACCAAAAGUUGUGCAAGGUUCUGUUUCUCCGGUUGGUACUAUUUUUCAAAAUCAGACAUUUUUUUCAUUUCAAACAACAAAAUUCGUUGGUCGUCCUAAUCGUAAUGGUACAAACAUUUACUUUCGUGAUGCAACGAACAAUGGUACAAUCGUUGCGCAAUUUGAUUGUGGUUGGGCACCCGAAGUAACAUUUACAGGCUAUACAACCGUUAUUCGUUUCAAUAAUACACCACCAUGGCAACCAGCACACUUUUAUUAUGUCACAAUGGAGGGUGGUGUUGUAAGUGGAACAGAAUUUUGUGGACCCGAAUCAGCACCAAUCAAAGAUCCAACAUAUUGGGUAUUCAAUAUUUGGGACCCAGCAGUGUCAUCCACAACAACAACUACGACAACUCCUUUUACGACAGUUACAAUUACUACAAGGCCAACAUCCACUACCAGUAUUAAUACUCUAUUAACAACAACUGGUAUUGUACUUACAACUGCUGCUACUAGUACGACAACAACGUCAACUAGCACAACUUCGACUACGACUACUUCUGUGACAACUGGUUCAACAGGCUCGACAAUAACGACUGAAACAACAGCAUCAGUUAUAUAUUCAAAAGAUUUCGAGAAAGCAUGUAAAUAUCCCAUAGUAAUAAUGACGACAGCAAUAUUUGCUGUCACAGGUCCUAUACAAAUUUUAGUCAUGUAUGCGGCAUUCAUGAAAUUUGAAAAAAUGUUCAAUCCCACACAUAUCAAGGCUAAAACAAGACAUAAACAACGAAUGGAACGAAUCAUAAGAUCAUAA